CGAUUACUCGCGUCUUCAUGGCCAGCGAAGGCCUUCCGAAGACUUCGGAUCUGUCCGAUCCCGAGACCCAAUACAUUUUAGAGGGCAAUGCCAGGUUUCGCCGGCUAGGAUGGAAGCGCCUCACGGUUAUUUCCAUAGUGGAGGCAAUUGCCCUUGGGAGCUUGGGCCUGCCUUCUGCCUUCGCUACGUUGGGGAUGGUUGCCGGUGUCAUUCUCACGAUUGGUAUCGGACUGGUAGCGAUGUAUGCGGGCUAUAACAUCGGACAAGUGAAAUUAAAGUACCCCGAGGUUGGGCACUACGCAGAUGUCGGCCAUCUUCUCCUGGGGAAUGUGGGAGGCAAAAUCUUCGUCGGCAGCUUUGUCGCCCUAUUGGUCUUUGUCAUUGGGUCUCACUGCUUGACCGGCGCAAUUGCGUUCCAGACCAUCACUGAAAGCAGCGUGUGUUCGGUGGUCUUCAGUAUUGUCUCCGCUGCCAUUCUGAUGAUCCUCGCCAUUCCUCCAUCCUUUGCCGAGAUUGCAAUCCUCGGUUAUAUCGACUUCGCUUCAAUUAUCUUGGCCAUCGGAGUCACGGUGAUUGCAACGGGCAUUCAAAGUCACAGUUCCACUGGUACCUUCUCCGCUGAUCAUAUCCCGUGGUCUGCGUGGCCCAUAGCCGGAAUCACUUUCUCGCAAGCAAUUGUCGCCGCGAACAACAUUGUCUUCGCUUAUUCUUUCGCUGGAUGCUUGCCUUCCUUCAUGGAAGACAUGCAUACUCCGGAGGAUUACAUCAAGACCCUCUGGUGGCUAGGAGGCAUUCAAAUCGUCAUCUACACAUUGACAGGGUCGCUUAUCUACGCUUUUGUGGGCCAGGGCGUGCAAUCUCCUGCCCUACUAUCAGCCGGACCAGUCAUUUCAAGAGUGGUUUUCGGCAUAGCUCUUCCAGUCAUCUUCAUCUCCGGCUCUAUUAACGUGACGGUCGUCUGCAGAUACAUUCACGGAAAGUUCUAUCAUGACUCAGCCGCCCGCUUUAUCAACACCCGAAAGGGCUGGAUGACUUGGUUGGGUCUCAUAUCGCUUGUUACUGUUCUCGCUUGGGUCAUUGCCGAGGCUAUUCCGAUUUUCUCGGAGCUACUGUCCAUCAUCUCGGCACUCUUUGUUUCCGGACUCUCGUUUUAUAUUCCUCCCGUGAUGUGGUUUGUGCUUUUGAGAGAUGGGGCUUGGUAUGAGACACACAAUUUACGGCCUGCAAUGUGUAAUUUGGUGGUCUUUAUUGUCGGUAUGAUUGUUUUCGGUUGCGGUACUUAUUCGAGUAUUGCGGAGCUGGUUAACGAGUUUCGGUCGGGGGAAAUAAGUAAACCUUUUACGUGUUAAGAGGUUAAGCUUGUGAUGUGAAUAUGCGUGCAAUGUACACUGGGGGACUCAUGAUGCUAUCAAAUCAAUCUGGCCG